GCAGACAUGGAGCCUUGCCGCCCUCUGACCUCAGGACCAACUCUUCGUCACCUUGUCUGCGUGUCGCACGUAGCACUGGAUCCCUAGGAUUUCUCUCCCUUUCAAAUAUCCCGAGUUCUGGUUCGCGCUCACUGGUAGCGAGGAGCCCACCACCUGUCGGAAGCCGCCGAAGUCGCUGGCGCACACCCUGUCCCCUCACCAUGGCCGAACAAAGCAUCAACAUACCGCAAGUCAUCGUGUUUGCCGUCGUCGCCUUCCUGGUGUAUCGGUGGUACUCUAGCAAGCCCUCCGGAAAUGGCGCACGACCAGCUGCGAACCUCUCUGCGCGGAUAAACCCCGCUCAAAUCGACACAAUAGCGCAGAUGUUCCCACAAUUACAAAGGAGAGAUAUUGCAUGGGACCUACAAAGGAACGGAGGAAACGCCGCUGCCACAACAGAGAGAGUGCUGAGCGGGAGAUCUCUGGACAGCGCACCAGCGUCGUUCCAGCUGCCUGCGGGCCCUGUCGCAGCUGCACCUUUACGACCAGUUGCAGCCGCCGUAAAGCCUUCGCAUCCCGACUUGAUCACACGGUAUAAUCUCUCGUCGAAGUUGGGCCAGCCAGCCGAGUCAGUGGACGAGAGACCCAAGGCGAAAGCUUGGAGUGCAGAUCGGGGCGAACGUCAGUCGAAUUUGCAAAGGAAGAGAGAAGAAAUGAUCUUGGCUGCAAGGAAGAAGCUGGAAGAGAAGGAGCGGGCAAAUGCCACGGGUGCCGCAGCCUAGGAGGCACGCGCAACGCUGAUGGACAAGCUAUUCCACCUUGGCAGCGAUAUACCCUAGCAGA